AUGAACAGAGAUAAGAGAGAACCAGAGUAUCCUGCGGAGCUAGAGUCUCAGUUUAUUCUUCGUUUACCGGAGGAUCCAGCAAAAGUAUUGCGAGAGCUACUUAAAACUGGAGAUAACAUAAAAAGUCGUCUAACAAUUCAAAUAGAUAACGAUAUGAGAAAUGGGGAGGUACGAUUUGACCAUUGGUUAAUGCAUGCGAAAAUUGUAGACUUACCAACUAUCAUCGAGUCAUUGAAGACAAUUGACAAUAAAAGUUUCUAUAAAACAGCCGAUAUAUGUCAGAUGAUGAUAUGUAAAGAGGAAGCAGAUCAACCGCCUUCAGAAGAAGAAUCGCCUUCAAAAAAUAAAAAAAAGGACCCCUACAAAGUUGAUAAGAAAUUUCUUUGGCCACACGGUGUGACACCGCCUACCAAAAAUGUAAGGAAGCGUCGCUUUCGCAAAACUUUAAAGAAAAAAUAUGUAGAAGCACCUGAAAUUGAGAAAGAAGUAAAAAGAUUGUUAAGAGCUGAUAAUGAAGCUGUCAGUGUCACUUGGGAAGUUGUGAAAGAAGAGGAUGAUCAACUUAAGCCAGAAACUGGUACCCCAACACCAACACCAAAAGCAGAGAAAAAGACAAAAGCAGCUGAAAGAGCAGCAAAGAAAGGUGCAGCUGCUGCAGCAACCAAAGCUGCAUCUGCAGCAGCCGCCGCCGCCGCUGCUGCUGCUUCUGCUGCGGCUGCAGCCGCCAGUGCCAAUAACUCUGAGUCUUCUAAUGUUGUUGAUAUAUUUGGCAGUGCCGUAAGUGACAGUGAUGCAGAAGAUGACAACAUUAAUGUAGAGUUGGAUGAUAGUCACUUCUCAACUUACGAUAGCCGCCUAUCCGACAAUAGUUCAGUUUUAGGCUUGGGAGAAAUGCAAACAAAAAAAGAAAGCUACCCAAUUGAAUUUGAUUCACAAAUGUUUCAAAGUGGUCAAAGCAAUAAAAGAUCUAAUAGAAGCCGAGCCACAACUCCAGCAACUUCAACAGUUACCAAGAGUGGAGGGUUGUCAUCUGAAGAAGACGGAGAAUAUUCACGAGAUAUGUCUAAAGAUAAUAUGUCAGUGAGAAUUGAGGAACUCCGAACUGAACUAGAAGAGUUGAAACAGCGCAAACAGAGAAUGCAGUAUGAAAUUGCUGGAAUGGAAAAUUUGGCUUUACGACAAAGAUUUCAAGAGAUACUACAUACACUAAACCAGGAUGUUAUGUAUAAGGAAAUGGAAUAUCAAGGUCUCAUCACAUUACAAAAUUCUGAAGAUAUAUGA